AUGUACGUCAAAGUAGAAACGGAACGUCUCAAUUUUAUUCGUUUUAAUCAGUCGAAGUUGCGCUCAGACGAGUACAUCCACUUGCGUGACGCCAUCGCUACUGAAGGACACGCGGCCAACAUCGGUUGUUUGACCAUUCUCCCAGCUUCUUAUGACAAGCAUCCAGUGAUCGACCGGACAUGGACUGCACGAGUAUUCAAGCAAAAGAUCACAGUACUUAUGGAUUACAUUGUGAAGCAGAAGGUUUUCGGCGCAGUUCGUUGUUGGAUGUACUCGGUUGAGUGGCAGAAGCGUGGUUUACCACAUGCGCACAUUCUGCUCUGGAUGUUCGACAAGAUCAGACCAGAUCAUAUUGAUUCGAUUAUUUCAGCUGAAAUACCAGAUAAACAAACUGAUCCCGAGCUGUAUUCCAUUGUGACAACGAGCAUGAUCCAUGGCCCUUGCGGUGUCCACAACCCAGAAUCAGUAUGCAUGGAAAACGGAAACUGCACAAAACGAUUUCCCCGUCCGUUUACGGCUGAAACAAUCAGUGGAAACGAUGGAUAUCCAUUGUAUAGGCGUCGUUCUCCAGAUGAUAACGGCAAAUGGAUCGAACUAAUGGUGAAACGUAACGAAACAAACGUAACAGUAAUCGUGGAUAACCGCUGGAUCGUUCCAUAUUUCCCGCUGUUGGGUCAAUGA